UCAUUUUACACGGUCAACAAUUAAUUUAUAUUGGCUUUAAGCAAUCCCUACUCAUCAAAAUGUGAAGGAGGCCCAUUCCAAAAGGAAAAAAAAAAGAAGACAAGAAAGACGAAAAUUAGAGAAGAAGUUGAGCAUUUGUCAAAUUCCGCUCUACUGCAAUGGCAGAAGCAAUUUGGAACAAAGAAACAGUGCCAAAAGUGAUGCAAAUAGUGAGCACCAGGCUUCAACAAAGAGACCUCGUCACUCUUCUACUUGUCAGCCCUUCGAUUCACCGUACCCUCCUUUCUCACCCCUCCCUCUGGCUGGUUCUUGAUUUUCAUGAGAUGAGUAAUGCUGGUGAUCGCCUUGUCUCAGCUCUUUCUUUGCCGAGAUAUCGCAAUGUGAAGCAUAUCAACCUUGAGUUUGUGCAGGAUGUUGAAGACAAGCAACUGGAAAAUGUUAAAAGCAAGUGUGGGGAUUCCCUUUUAGAUUUGGAGAUUCUAAAUCUAAAUGGCUGUCAAAGGAUCUCUGACAAGGGAAUCGAAGUAGUGACAAAUACUUGUCCUAAACUGAAGGUCUUUUCUAUUUAUUGGAAUGUAAGGGUAACAGAUGUUGGCAUUACUCAUCUGGUGAAGAACUGCAGAUAUGUGGUAGAUUUGAACUUAAGUGGAUGCAAGAAUAUUACAGAUAAGAGUUUGCAUCUGGUUGCUGACAAUUAUCAAGAAUUGGAAUCGUUGAAUAUCACUAGGUGCAUCAAGAUGACGGAUUCUGGUUUGCAGCGGAUUUUGCUGAACUGCUCUUCUCUUCAGAAUUUGAACCUUUAUGCCCUUUCCACCUUAACAGAUGAAGCUUAUAAGAUGAUGUCUCGUCUGCCUCAUCUUAGAUUCCUGGAUCUCUGUGGUGCUCAGAAUCUGACAGAUGACGGGCUUUCUUGUAUAGCGAUGUGCAAAAAACUGGUGUCUCUCAAUUUGACAUGGUGUGUACAAGUCAGUGAUGUUGGGGUCAUAGCAAUAGCUCAAGGCUGCAGAUCUCUUGAAUUAUUAAGUUUGUUUGGGAUACUUGGGGUCUCUGACAGGUGCUUAGAGGUGCUUUCUAGCUUCUGCUCCAAUACACUUACAACCCUAGAUGUGAAUGGGUGCAUCAAUAUAAAGAAUCGCAGCCGUGAUCUACUGCUUAAGUUAUUCCCGAACCUGAUGUGCUUCAAAGUGCAUAGCUAAAUUGGGACUUGUCAAGGAUUUCAUCUGCUCUUCCUUGGUGAGUAUCUCAGCUAGCACAGAGUGAUUGAAAGAAACUGAUCCCAAAUUGCUAAUGGAUUACGACAUGAGCCCUUGAUUUAUUGUCAACAGGAGAAAAAGAAUGGAACAGGGAGUUAGCUUAUCUGCUUCUACGAAAGAUAAAAUAGGGCAAUCUAGCAUACUUUAUGUGCCACUUAGUUUCAUCUUUUACUGGCAAAGAUUUAUUUAUUCCUUGUACGCUCAUCGUUAUGGUUAUCUCUUAUGCGAUCCAGGCUGCUGUAUUUUCUACAAAUAUCUUUGCUUAGCAUGGUCUGUGGCUUUACUAAUUCCUAAACUUUAAGCGCUUCAUGGAGCUACACAUGUUUUAUGUAGAUUCAUGUAAAUUUUUAUUGGAGAGGAUGUAUUAUUGUCAAUUCCCUUCUUUAUUGAUAUGUUAUGGUUCGUAUCUGAA